AUGAGACUUUUAAAUAAAAAAUAAAUAUCUUCAAUAAUUUUAAAAUGGAAUAAUAUUGGAGAAGAAUCUUUAGAAGGUUUAGAAUCUUUAGGAAAAUUAUUGGAGUACAAUGGAAGUAUAAUCCUAGUUGACUUAAAGAAUAAUAAUAUAAAUGCAGACGGAGCUUAUAUUAUAUCAAAAACACUAGAAAGAAAUAAAAGCCUUCUUUCUUUGGAUUUGAAGUGGAAUGAAAUAGGUGCAAAAGGAGCAGAAAUGCUUUUAGAAGGAUUGGAGAAAAAUACUACGAUAAAGAAUUUAGAUUUAUCUUGUAAUAAGAUACCAGAAUAAAUGAUAUCUGAAAUAAAUCGAAUUUUGAAUAGAAAUAGAACAACCACAACUAACAAUAAUAAUCAAUGGCAAAUAUGGAAAAAAUGUUAAGUAAAUAAAAAAUAAAACAAAAUAAAACAAAAAUAAAACAAAAAUUUAGUUUAUGAGAAACAAAGAGUAUUCGAAAUGAAAGAAAGAAUAGAAAAUGAACUUCAAGAAGAAAAAUAAAUAAGAGACGAAUUAGAAUAAACUUUAUUAAAACUAAGAGAUUAAGUAUUAUCUAAAGAAUCUAAUAUACAAUCAUAAUAAUUAGAAUAUACAAAUUUAUGGAAUGAAAAUUCCCAUUUAAGGAAUGAAUUAGAAAAUGUAAAAGUUGAUUUAUAAAAUUUAUAAGUUAGUUAUUCUUAGAAAAUAGAAGAUAUGUAAAUACAAAUACAAAUGGAUAAUAAGCAAAUUCAAGGUAUGGAAAGAGGAUAAAUAGAAGAAUUAGAAUACAUAAAAUAAGUACAUGAAAAAAACGUGAAAGAACUAAUAAGAGAUUGGACUUCAAGAUAUUAAGCAAUAGAUGAGAGAUAUAUAUUUUUAAAAAAUUUAAAUUAUGACAUAAGGGAAAAGAUAAAUUAAUUUAAAGAAGUUAUUUUGAAAAUGAGGAUGUCCCAUGAUGACUAAUUAACGAAUUUAAAGUAUAAAAUUAUUGAUGAGAAUUAAAGAAAGUAAGCAAUGCCGAUUUUAUAAUUAAAUAAUACAAUUUAAUCCCUCAAUGAAGAAAAAAAUAGCAUUCAAAGAAAGAAUGAAGAAAUUCUUAAAGACAUUGAAAAAAAAGAAGGAUAACUCCAUAAAUAAAUAUUGAAUUUAGAAAAAGAUGUAGCAGAAACUCGCCAAAAAAUCAAUGAAAACCAUAAUUAAAUUUCAAUUAGUAAUAUACUUAUUGAAUAAUAUAAAACAGAGCAUCUUUUAAAAGAUAAUGAAAUAUUUUAUUACGAAUAAAUUCUUAGCGAAACUUAGAGAAAUUCUUAAUUUUAGAAAGACGAGCAUAAAGAAUAAGUUGAUCAUCUUAAUUUUCUUCAUUAGAAUGAAAGUAGACUAUUCAAAGAUUCCUAAGAAAUUAUUCAUUAAAGAAUUGUAGAUUUAGAAAGAGCAAUAAGACACUAAGAAACUCAAAAUACUAGAGUCAAAACUGAAUAUGAAAAAUUAUGUGUUUGUCUUUAAUCUAAUAUCUAAAGAACUGUUGUUGAUACUCUUAAUUAUCACUAAGAUAUUUUAAGGCCUUAAUAUUUGCUUAAUCCUUAAUAUAAAUAAUGA